CCGUGAUCUAGUGCCCCUUAUCGCAGACCGCAUUCCCUUUCCCUUCAUUCCAUCCCCUCUCACCUUGACUACCUGGUUUGUGUUGCAUGUCCUUUUCUCUCUGACGAUUUGCCGUUUGUUCUAUCUCUAUUUACUCCCUUUGGAAGACUCUAUAGCAGUAUCCAGCGACGACGUGGCACGAAAAUGACGACCAGAUACAGAGUGGAGUAUGCGUUGAAGACGCACAGGAGAGACCAACUGAUAGAAUGGAUCAAGGGACUGCUAGCCGUCCCCUUUGUCUUAUACUCCCAGCCCACCGGGGUGUUUGAGACGAACGGGUUCAGCACCACGCAGAUGUCGGAGGAAGCUCACCGGCGGUAUGCCGAGAUCAUGCGAGACAUCGAGGUCAUGAUCGACGAUCACAUAAAUCACCAGCUGGACGUCAACGUGCGCGUCCUGUCGAAGCUCAAGCUCCUGGUGCCGACCAUCGGCAACUUCUUCACGCGGCUGCCGCUCGAGGCCGCGUUCAAGUUCCAGGACCGCAAGCGGUACAUCUCGUCGCGGCGCUUCGUCUCGCCCUCGUUCAACGACGUCCGGCUCAUCCUCAACACGGCCCAGCUCAUGGCCGUCACCACGUACGGCUCCCUGCGCCUCGCCACGUUCGACGGCGACGUCACCCUCUACGACGACGGCCAGUGCCUCGAGCCCGACAGCCCCGUCGUCCCGCGCAUGCUCGACCUGCUCCGCAAGGGCGUCCGCGUCGGCAUCGUCACCGCCGCCGGCUACACCACCGCCGACCGCUACUACGCCCGCCUCCGCGGCCUCCUCGACGCCGUCGCCAACGACCCCUCCCUCGCCCCGCCCCAGCGCCAGAACCUCGUCAUCAUGGGCGGCGAGGCCAACUACCUCUUCGAGUUCGCCCCUGCCGCCCCGCACCUGCUUGCCCCCGUGCCCCGCGACCGCUGGCUCACCGCCGAGAUGGCCGCCUGGCCCGAGGCCGGCAUCGCCGCCCUGCUCGACGUCGCCGAGGCCGCGCUGCGCGACUGCGUCAAGAACCUCAACCUCCCUGCGGUGCUGACGCGCAAGGACCGCGCCGUCGGCAUCGUGCCGAGCGACCCGGCGGUCCGCAUCCCGCGCGAGUCGCUCGAGGAGACCGUCCUGGUCGUCCAGAAGAUCCUCGAGAUGAGCGUCGGCAGCGCCGGCCCCGGGUCCGGCCGCGCCGCCCCCGCCGUCCCCUUCUGCGCCUUCAACGGCGGCCGCGACGUCUUCGUCGACAUCGGCGACAAGAGCUGGGGCGUCGCCGUCUGCCAGCAGUGGUUCGGCGCCGGCGCCGGCGGCGCCGACGGCGGCCGCAUCCGCCCCGAGCACACCCUCCACGUCGGCGACCAGUUCCUCAGCGCCGGCAGCAACGACUUCAAGGCCCGCAGCGUCUCCACCACCGCCUGGAUCGCCAGCCCCGCCGAGACCGUCGACCUCCUCGACGAGCUGGCCGACUUCAUGGGCAAGAAGCUAAGCUGAGGCCCCCCCCGGGGGGGCCGGGCCAGGCCAGGCCAGGCCAAGCCGGAGCGCACAUGUACUAUAGGUUUAUCGUAUGAUAAAGUGCCGGCGCCAGAAAGGAAAAGGGGGAAGGGGGGUUACGGUGCGCAAACCGACGCACGAGGCAAAAAAAAACACACCAAAAUGUUCGGUCCCGGGUUUUGAAAAGGGGGGACAUGUUCGGAGUUGAGGUUAUGCUAUGCUAUGAAUGAACCUAUCCCAAGUUAUCUGGGGCUUUAGAGAAAGAAGUGAGCGAAUGCGGAUUGAUAUUAUAAGUAGAAUUACCGAGCAGGACAUAUGGACGGCGGGUGUCUUUCUGGCUGUCGACGGAUCGGAUCCAACUUGGUUUGAAAGAUAAGGCAGAAGAGGGUGGCAACAAUGGAUACCAUUAUAGGCUAGAGCAUCCUCCCAGUCUUACUACAUAUUUAUAAUCACACACGGCACCAAGUCAAGCCAGCA